UCGUUACUAGAUGGAAAUGUACUCAACAAAAAAUCUGAAAUCAUGAAAAGAGGACGACCACCAAAUAGAAGUUUGAAGAAGUUGGGGAAUUUCUUUAAAAGUCACAAAGCUGAUGAAGACCAGGCUGCAAAAGAACCUGAUCCUGAAGGACCUGAGGGGUCUGGUGUAUGUGUCUUAGAAGUUCAAUCUGAACAAAAUGUCACAAAUGGAGUGCGCAUGUUACCAGAUCAAUCAGAUGAAAAUCUGAUGACUUCCAACAAACCCAUUAGAUGUGCAAAGAUAAGGGCUCUGGAGAUAAUUUCUGAUGUAAGUGCUCAAAUAAGUCAAUCUAUGGUGGAAGAAAAGGUAAAUUAUUUUGAGCAAAGAAGAAUGUCAGAAGACAGCCAGGCUCGUGCCACUCGCCUUGAGGAACAGCGACAAAGAGACGCCAACCGCAGGGCUGCCGAGGAGGAGGAGAAUCGAGCACGACGCCUCGAAGAACAGCGGCAAAGAGACGUCAACCGCAGGGCUGCCGAGGAGGAGGACAUGCGAGCACGACGCCUCGAAGAACAGCGGCAAAGAGACGUCAACCGCAGGGCUGCCGAGGAGGAGGACAAGCGAGCACGACGCCUUGAAGAACUGCGGCAAGCAGCCGCUAUCCGCAGAGCCGCCGAGGACGAAGACGAGCAUGUUCGACGUCUUGAAGAACUGCGGCAAGCAGCCGCUAUCCGCAGAGCCGCCGAAGAAGAAGACGAGCGUGUUCGACGGCUUGAAGAACUGCGGCAAGCAGCCGCUAUCCGCAGAGCCGCCGAGGACGAUGACGAGCGUGUUCGACGUCUUGAAGAACAGAGGCAAAGAGAUGCCAACCGCAGGGAUGCUGAAGUGGUAGACGAGCGUGCUCAACGCCUGCGAGAACAGCGUCGUCGUACAGCUGAAAUACGACAGAAUUCUGAGCGUAACCAACUUCAAUCCUAUAAAGCCGCUGCCUCAAGCCUCGUAGAGUACAGCAAUUUGGGAAUGUUUGACAUCGCAUGUGUUCAUUGUGGUGCUGUUCAUUUUUUAAAAGAGAGAGUGCAGAACAGAAUUCACCCUAAUUCAUUUGGUGACUGUUGCCUUCAUGGUCGCAUUGAACAACCUGCGCCAGAGUUUCCCAAUGAAUUGGCAUUGCUGUACACAAAACAACACAGACUAGCCAAACAGUUCCACGAUAAAAUUCGAAAUAUUUCUGCCUGUUUUGCUUUUUCUUCAUUCAAUGUUGCUGAUGACAGGACUUUCAAUAGUAAAGGUAUUUAUACAUUUACUGCUGGUGUACAAGUGUAUCACAAGUUAAAUUUGGCGGCUCAGCCAGUCAGCAACAGUGAGGGUGAUUUGGAAAGACCUAGAUAUGGCCAAAUGUACUUCAUUGAUCCGGAAACAGCCGUUGCAGAACGUAUGAAUGAACCAAUGAAUCAAGGCAUCAAUCAAGAACUAAUACAGAUUUUAGAGGAGAUAAUGAGAAGUCAAAACCCAUUUUCACAGGCUUUUACGAUGAUGAGGGAGAUAGUUGAGGAAAACAAUCAACGUGCUGAAGCUCUUGGUGUCCAACCACCCCAUGUCCACCUCCUGUUUGCUGAACGUGCAGGCGAUGAUCCCAGGCGAUUCAACUCACCAACUUAUAAUGAAGUUGCUGCUGUAAUUACAUUAAAUGCAGACCAAAGUAUCCCGGAAAAUGAGAUGGUUAUUAAGGAGCGAGGAAAACAGUUAAUAACGCUCAAGAACAUUGACAGCCGAGUAGAACCAUUCACCUACCCUCUCCUCUACCCAAAAGGAACUUUUGGGUUUACUGUAGGGCUUCCUCUUAAAACGCCUUAUGCAAGCCGUGCACACAUGACGAGGAUGGAGUUGGCUCAAUACAGGUUAGCCUUUCGUCCAGAACAAGCCAAGGCUCUUCCUCCUGAACCAUUGCUAGAGGGAUUAGAUCUAAGGUCGAUUGGAUUUAAUGCUCUCCACUUUGGUGGUAGACUGUUUCAACAGUACGUCGUGGACACAUACAUCCGUGUUGAACGUGAUCGUAUUCAGUGGAUCAAAUAUAACCAAAAGAAACUUCAAGCUGAUCAGUAUGCAGGAGUAACACAUUUUCUAAAUGAAUUGGCUGAAAAGAAAAAUGCUACAGUUGCUGAAAAACUGAUUUUACCAUCAUCUUUUCCCGGAUCAACGAGAUAUUUCACUGAACACUUUGAAGACGCUAUGGCAAUUGUCCGAAGGUUUGGCUCUCCAGACUUUUUUAUCACAAUAACGUGCAGUCCAACAUGGCCAGAAUUAAAAGAAGCUGCAUGUAUUGAGCUCUCUGAUGGUUCUAAACUACAACAGUUCGCCCAAGAAAGACCUGACAUUGUGGCUAGGGUAGCCAAAUUGAAAUUUGACAGCAUAGUUGAAGAUAUCAGUAAGAAACAGAUUUUUGGGAAGUCUUCUGCUUUUGUUUACACUAUAGAAUUUCAAAAACGAGGAUUACCCCACCUACAUCUUCUUGUCAUCAUGGCAAAUGAAGACAAACUCCGGUCUCCAGAGGAAGUAGACACUUUCAUUUCGGCAGAAAUUCCUAAUGAUGACCCAGUUCUAAGGGAGUUGGUCCUCAAAUGGAUGAUUCACAAUCCAUGUGGCGAACUUAAUCCGUCUGCGUCAUUAAAGGCUAGCAGUGCGGAGUGUAGGAAGCGUCUGCGGCAGUUGGAUUAA